AUGUCACAUUCAAUGUCUUUUUCACAGAAAAUCAUUGUUAUGAUAGUUGUUUUGGCCAUGAUGACAUGCAUCCCUGCCACAGCCAGCACCGUAGAGCACUGUCUCCGGCUGAAACUAAAUCCAUCACCACCUCCACCACCGAAUGCGGUCCCAGGAUACCAUUCAGCAUUUGAUCUGAGUCGCAUGGUUUGCAGGGACGUUUUUCGGGAAGUAGGACAUUCAAUGCGAUCAACAGGAAAAUUGCCUUGGGGUUAUUUGGGUGCCCUAUGUAACAUCUUUGGUGACAAUGAGCAGAAGAUUGAACGUUAUGUUAAAGAUACCUUCAACCCUCUUGAAUUUCAUAGACUAAUUGAUGGUCGAUCUUGUGCUGUUGUUAGGAAGAAACUGCACCCUAUAUCACCUAAGCAUUUUCCUAAGCUAUAG